GUAUUAACUAUGUCUCGUGUACGUAAAGAUUUAUCGCUCGCGCAAAAAUUAGAAAUUAUCGACAAGAUUAAAUUACAGCCACCAGGCUGUAGUACUCGUUGUCUUUCGGAAAUUUUAGGAAUACCGAAAUCAACAAUCGCACGAAUUCAACUUCAAGAACAGAUUUUGCGAGAACAAGCUCUUAGCCAAGUGACAACACGGAAAAGGAAACGAGAGGGUAAAGAUUCAGAUGUAGAUGAGGCACUGACUCAGUGGUUUACACUGGCUACUAGCCGGGGCGUUCAAGUGUCAGGUUCCAUAUUAAAAGUUAAAUCCGAAGACCUUGCUAGAAAAGUUGGUAACGACGAAUUCAAAGCCACCGAAGGUUGGUUAUCUAGGUGGAAAGUAAGACACGACAUAAAAUUUAAAAGAGCACAUGGCGAAAAAGCUAGUAUAAAUUCUGAUGGGGCCGAUGAAUGGAAACUUACAAAACUUCCACAGAUUCUUGCAAAAUGUUCUCUCGAAGAUGUUUAUAAUGCAGAUGAAACCGGAUUAUACUAUCGUGCAACACCAGAUGGUUCUCUAUGUUUUAAACACGAAUUGAUAGCUGGAUCAAAAAAAGCUAUGGAGAGAAUAACUCUACUGUGUUGUGUGAACGUAAGUGGGACUGACAAAAAAAAGCUCUUAAUGAUCGGAAAAAGUAAAAAACCACGUUGUUUUCAACAAAUUUCUUUACAAAAAUUACCAGUUGAGUAUCACUCAAAUAAAAAUGUAUGGAUGACUUCGGCCAUUUUUAUCGAAUGGUUGCAACGUUGGGAUACGGAGUUGGACAAAACAAAAAAGGCUAUAUGCCUCAUCUUAGACAACUGUACUGCCCAUCCUAAUGUAUCUUUGAAAAACAUCAAAUUUGAAUUUUUACCUCCUAAUUCAACGUCACUAAUUCAGCCUUUAGAUAUGGGUGCUAUCCAAAAUUUAAAGGUUAAGUAUAGAGCAACACUGGUCAAUUACAUUUUAGAAAAGAUUGAAGACAAUUUACUUGAAUCACAAUCAACGGCAAUAGAUAUCAGUAAAAAAAUUAAUAUCCUGCAAGCAAUUCAAUUCAUUUCAGACAGCUGGCGUGAUGUAAGCAGUCAGACGAUAAAAAAUUGUUUUCGCAAAUGUGGUUAUCAUACCAUCGAUCAACAAUUAGAACCAAAUUCCGAAGAAUAUGAUAUUGUAAGAGCACUGAACAACGUAGAAUUUGAACAUCUGGAUUCAAAUGUGCAAUGCUAUGACCAAAACGAAAACGUUGAUGAUGCAAUUAUACAAUCCAUACAAGAUAAACAUGAUUCGGAUGAAGAUACAGACGAGGAACCAGAUCCACCAAUUCGACUACAGGAGGCAAAGAAAUGUUUGGAAACAUUGAGACUAUUUUUUCUUCAACAAGAAAAUGAGGGAAGCCCCAUAAAUGCUUUGGAUGCUUGUUCGGACUACAUUCGUCAACAAUCAAUAAUACGCAAGAAACAAAGUAAUAUUCAUAGUUUUUUUAAAUAA